AUGAAGGCCGGAAACACAGAACAUGUGGAAAACGCAGUUGGAUUUGCUUUUAAUGGAUCUAACCAGAAGUGUGCCGGUUGUGAUCAGGUUAUCUUAGACCGGUUUAUCUUGAAAGUGCUCGACAAGACUUGGCAUGCCAAAUGUCUCAGGUGUGCAGAAUGUCAGACACCAAUGACAACAAGAUGUUUUUCUCGCCAUGGGCAAGUGUUAUGUAAGGAUGACUUCUUUAGGCGAUAUGGAACAAAAUGUGCCUCUUGUAGUCAGGGAAUCUUCCCUUCUAAUAUUGUGAGGAGAGCCCAGAAAAACGUCUACCAUCUUCACUGUUUCUGCUGUAUUGUGUGUAAGGAGCUUCUUAAUACCGGGGACUUGUUCUAUCUCAUGGAAGACGGGAAGUUGGUCUGCAAGAAUGACUACGAAACCGUCAAAGUCCGCAACGUGGCCAGCAAAAGACCCCGAACUACGAUCACUGCUAAGCAGCUGGAGACGUUAAAGAAAGCCUACAAACGCAGUGCCAAACCUGCCCGUCACAUCAGAGAGCAGCUGAGCCAGGACACUGGACUGGACAUGAGGGUAGUACAGGUGUGGUUUCAAAACCGGCGAGCCAAAGAGAAACGGUUGAAAAAGGACGCUGGGAAGACCUUAUGGGCCAAUUAUUUCCGGCAUACAACUGGAAAUGCAACACAGACGUUCUCAGCUGAAUCAACACCCACCACAGCGUCUCCUGGAUCUCCUUCUAGUAAUGAUGGUUUAGGUUGGAAAAGAGGUUGUAACACUAAUGAUACAGAUAACGAUAUUUGUAAAGGUAAGACAUUUUUUGAAGAUUCACUGGCGUUUUCACAUUAA